AUGGAGGGGAGACCUGCCCUGCACGCCCACCGACGGAUCACCGGGCACCUCACCUUUCCACUGCUCGCCACCACCCUGCUGGCUUCCUUCGGCUCCUCCCUGCUUUACGGCUACAACCUGGCAGUGGUGAACUCGCCGGCUGUGCACAUAAAGGCCUUCUACAAUGCCACCUGGUCCCGGCGCUACGGGCAGAGCCUGAGCCAGGAGCUGCUCACCGUCAUGUACUCGCUGACCGUCUCGGUCUUCGCCCUGGGGGGGCUGGUGGGCUCGUUUCCAGUUGGGAUGCUCGUCACUCGAUACGGGAGGAAGGGCACCCUUGUGCGGAGCACGCUGCUCGUCUUCCUGGCCGGCUUUCUGAUGGGCUUCAGCCGCUACCUGGAGUCGCCCGAGAUGGUCAUGGCUGGCCGCUUCGUCAUGGGGCUGCAUUCAGGUAUCUGUCUCAGCGUGGUGCCCAUGUACCUGGGAGAAAUCGCCCCCAAGACCCUGCGUGGCUUCCUGGGCCUGGUGCCCAGCAUCUUCAUCUGCCUGGGGGUCUUCUCCGCUCAAGUCCUGGGCCUGCCGGAGCUGCUGGGGGAGGAUGGAUACUGGCCGCUCUUCCUGUCCCUGGUGGUCAUUCCCGCCCUCCUGCAGCUCCUGCUGCUGCACUGGUUCCCCGAGAGCCCCCGCUACCUUCUGAUUGAGAAGAACAACAUCUGGGGGGCCACGGAUGCGCUGCGCUGGUUCCUGGGGAAGGACGACGUGCGGGACGUGCUGGAGGAGAUGCGGGAGGAGCAGCACUCGCUCUCCUCCGUGGAGACCAUCUCCGCCUGGCAGCUCCUGCGGGACGGCUCCGUGCGCUGGCAGACCCUCUCUGUGGCGGUGAUCAACAUGGGCAUGCAGCUCUCUGGGAUCGAUGCGAUCUGGUUCUACACCAACACCAUCUUCCAGCACGCCGGCAUCCCGGGACCCGAGAUCCCCUACACCACCGUGGGCACGGGUGCCAUCGAGGUGCUGGCCGGCCUGCUCGGCUGCUUCACCAUCGAGAAGCUGGGCCGGCGGCCGCUCAUCGUCAUCGGCUUCUCCUUCAUGGGCGUCUGCUGCGCCAGCAUCACCUUGGCCCUGGUGCUGCAGGCUACGGUGCCCUGGAUGCGCUACCUCAGCGUAGCCUGCGUCAUCGGGAUCAUCGCUGGCUUCUGUAUGGGACCAGCUGGUGUGCCCUUCCUGAUGACCGCGGAGCUCUUCAAGCAGUCGCACCGCCCCGCUGCCUACAUUGUGGGGGGGUCCCUGAACUGGCUCUCCAACUUCACUGUGGGCUUCGUCUUCCCCUUCCUACAGAUGUCAGCCGGCGCCUUCUGCUACCUGGUGUUCUGCGGGGUCUGUGUGCUGGUGGCCCUUUACGUCUACAUCGUCAUCCCCGAGACCAAGAACAAAACUUUCAUGGAGAUCAACCAGAUCUUCGCCACCCGCCACCCCUUCCUCGCUGCCCCGGCCGGCGCCGUCAAGAUGGUCCCGCUCGGCAGUUACGGGGCCCUGGAGAACAGCUCCCUGGAGCUCUCGGGAUCCAGCCGGGAGUGACCCACUCUUCUUCCCCCUGUUGUAGCACCCCAGCCCUGGCGGGUCAGGCCAGGAGGAGGGCUGGGCUCAGAUGCGGGUGGGGGGUGGUUGCUGAGGCUGCAGAUU